AAACGUCAAGUAACAUCGAAUCGAAUCGCUAUUCGCUAUUGAUUUGAUUCUGUUUAUUGCUUUACAUGUGUUGUUUUAUUUAUAACCGUGUGCUCUAAUUUACAACAUUAUAAGGCAUGCAGUAAAAUAUUGUUAUCGAUAGAAACAAUUAUAAUAUUGCAUAAGGCCUUAGAUUGCAGUACUGGGUUAAUUAUACGUGUUAAACGAAACACAGUAACAUGUCGAUGCCACAUAGCAGCUCUAGUACAACAAGUUCCAGUACAAAACGCAAAGAAAUAUACAAAUACCAAGCACCAUGGCCAUUGUACUCGAUGAAUUGGUCUGUACGGCCGGACAAGAGAUUCAGGUUGGCCCUGGGUAGUUUUGUUGAAGAAUACAAUAAUAAGGUACAAAUUAUAUCUUUAGAUGAAGAAACAAGUGAGUUCAGUGCAAAAAGCACUUUUGACCACCCAUACCCCACCACCAAGAUUAUGUGGAUCCCUGACAGCAAGGGAGUAUAUCCAGAUUUGCUGGCCACUAGCGGUGAUUAUUUACGCAUAUGGCGCGCUGGUGAACCGUACACCCUCUUCGAGUGCGUGCUAAACAACAACAAGAACUCUGACUUCUGCGCACCGCUCACAUCCUUCGACUGGAAUGAAGUGGAUCCCAAUCUUAUUGGCACAAGUAGUAUUGACACAACAUGCACAAUAUGGGGGCUGGAGACAGGUCAAGUGCUGGGCAGAGUCAACGAUGUGUCUGGACAUGUGAAAACACAGUUGAUUGCUCAUGAUAAGGAGGUGUAUGACAUUGCAUUCAGUCGGGCUGGAGGGGGACGGGACAUGUUCGCGUCUGUCGGCGCUGACGGAUCUGUGCGAAUGUUCGAUCUGCGGCAUCUCGAGCACUCCACCAUCAUCUAUGAGGACCCGCAGCACACGCCGCUGCUGCGGCUGGCGUGGAACAAGCAGGACCCGAACUACCUGGGCACGGUGGCCAUGGACGCGUGCGAGGUGGUGAUCCUGGACGUGCGCGUGCCCUGCACGCCCGUGGCGCGCCUCAACAACCACCGCGCCUGCGUCAACGGCAUCGCCUGGGCCCCCCACAGCUCUUGUCACAUAUGCACAGCGGGAGAUGACCACCAGGCAUUAAUCUGGGACAUCCAGCAAAUGCCUCGCGCCAUUGAGGACCCUAUUCUUGCGUACACAGCUGCCGAGGGUGAAGUCAACCAGAUUCAAUGGGGCGCCACACAACCCGACUGGAUCGCCAUCUGCUACAAUCGCCACACCGAGAUACUGCGGGUUUAAGUGCGAACUUAGUGAAUAAAUAGACCUCGUCGUCUGCCAAGUCUCCAUUUGGAUACUCACCACGCUCAUACUCUUUCUCUUGUCAAACAGCAAUGCAUCAUUAUGUUUCAGUUACAAAGAUAAAAAGACAGUAUUAUCGGGUACUUGACACUAGUCAAUUGAAUUACUUUUUAAGACCUGUCACAAUGAACAUUUGUAUAAAAAUUGUAUGGGGGUAUACUGUAAUGACUUCUUAGUUUUUAUAACCAUCUUAUCUGUAUAAUGUUUAAGCACAUAGUAGAUAAACGGAACAGAGAUAACGCUUCAUACAACCGCGCGAAUCGGUUGCACUACUGCGAGCGCGCGGGGCGUGUGUGCGUGUGUGUGUGUGCGUGAGCACUGGCCGCUUGUCGCUGGCACAGCCAGUGGAUAACACUCUCAGGGUCGGUGCCACGCACGUUGUUUGUUUUGUUAGCUGCUUCUGUGUGAUUUCUUUACUCAUGUGAUUUAAGUAUUACAGUCUAAUUCAAAUUAAAAUGGAAAAAAAUUUUGAAAGCCACCAGGACGGCGUCACUUAGGGAUGACGUUUAAUAACGGGUAAAGUCGAUUUGUUCGGAAAAUGUAUUAAUUAGAUUAAAAAUGGAUAAACCAGACUAAGGAUAUUCCUAAAAGUAGAAUAAAAAAAAAGUUAAAAUGUGUAAAAAAAUUAAAGAAUACAGUAAUGAGACAUUGUUUUGGAUACAUACAUACACUAGAAGCCGAGAAACUUAUAAAUCGCAAUUUUUCAAUUACGAUGACACGGACCAUCUCCGUAACAAAUAAGUUCUCAUUAAUCCCAACUAGCGACAUCUAGUGAGCGUAAUAUUACCACUAAUUAAUAUUGUCAUAUAAACAGUUUGGAAUUGUAAUUUACAUGCUUUACAGUAAAUAGCAUACAAAUUAUAAUUUUAACGAUUUAUAUUUAUUAGCAAAACGACGACUGCACUAGAGAAAUUGUGACAAAAUUAUAUGAUGUAGUAAUUUAACAAUGGUAGUAUCAAGUACCUAAUUAUAGGUAAGCUGUCAUGCGUUUCAUCUCAGCCCUCAGAGAUAACAUCUCAUCUGUUAUAUUGUAGCUGUUGUUCUUUGUUUGAAGUUGACAGCCACUUACUAUCACAUGAACUGCUAGCUUUUGACCAUUUUAAGGCAUUUGUGUUAUACAAGGCUUCCUAAGACCAGUAGACUUUUUAGAAGUUUUUUACACGUGGUAGAGCCAUGCUGCAGCUAUAUUACUGGUAUAGUUGUAGCACGAAUGGGUCGGCUCGACCGGGGAAGGACCACGAUCUCACAGAAUACCAGCGUAAAAUAGCAGCUUAAUGAUGCUGUGUUUCGUAUGGUGAGUGUAGAGAACCGGAGACCCUUUACUGGAAAUGAGGCAUUCCAUCUUAGUCCUCACGGGUGACAACGCACCCGCAUUUUGAUUCGUAAUCGAGGAUAGAUGUAGAUGUCUAUGGGUCACAGCAACCACAUACCAUCAGGUGGACUGUGUGCUCGUUUGUCACCCUAAUUCUAUAAAAAAGACCGUGAUGAUACUUGUGGUUUUGCGUGAAUAUUUCACAUCUGGCGUAUGAGGUGGUCUAUCUAAGCUUGUAGUGGCAGUGUAAGAAUAUCCACGACUCCAUAUCAAUCUGUGGGUGUCGUAAGAGGCUACAGAGGGAAACGGAUACAGGAGAUGGGCAGCAGCAUCUUCCUGAUAACAAAAUCAUAAAAAACUGCGGUUGGGAACGAGAUUGCCAAGCGUGGCAUUUAUUAUAAAAUCCCACCUAUGACGCAAUCUAUGGGAGAUCUAUUGAAGGCAUGGAUAGAUCUGUUGAAGACAAUGAAGCCGUUUCAGGCCUUUCUUUCAAAUGAGAUGAAAGAUUAUUUCACGAAAUCACCACAUGGCAAUCUCCCUCCCUCUUUAUUACUACCAGAAAAGGUAAAAAGUAAUUUAAAAAUAUCGUCAAGUAUCUGAAAAUAUUCCUUGCAAGAUCAGAAGAGGAACGCUCAAAUCACACUGACAUAAUGGGUGAGGUAAUUUAUUUAUUGAUAUAAUUUUAAGACUGACUAAAUUCUUGGAAAUUUAUGGCUUAUUAUUGGAAUUAAGUUCACGUUUAUUAUAUUUAUGUAAUCGAAUAUCCCAUAGUUAACCUAGGGCUCGUUGAACCUUUAUAACGUUGACCGCCGGGUACAGGCUUUCUCUCAUUAAUGACAAUAGAGUCAACCUGUGAUUAAAUAUAAACAUUAAUUGGGUUUUCGAUUCAUUUCGAGUUGUGUAAAAUCAACUGUAUAUAAUAUAAAAACUUAGUGUACGUAUGAUUGUAUAAAUACGGAGUGGAGUAUUAAUGUUUAUGCAUUUAUUGUGUAGAGAAUUAGGUUUCCUGAAUCAAUCGGUUUCCUUGUUUGUAGGACUGUUUAUAUUGACAGAAUUAAAGCAAUAACACAAGUUACUUCCUUGCGUAUCGUAGUUCUUAAAUUGAAAACUACCUGACGAGAAAGAAAAUCUGUAUUCAGAAUCACUUUCAAUAUUAUUAAAACUGUAUUUUAAACUUAAUGCAAUGUUGUAUUUAAGUCUGUGUUUAUGUAGGCAGUUAUGAUUUUAAAUAUAUCUAUAGUUGCAAAGUAAAAAAUCUCAAUUCAUAGCCAAUAAAAUUCGCAAUAUACCCUUGUUGUGUUUAAACUUUUAUACUGACGCAGUAGCGAUAUUUUGUUUACAAAAUGGCCGCUUUUCUCAUGAUAAUAGUUUCAAAAAAUUUCUUGUAAGAAUUUAAAAAAUUAACGUUUAAUGUUGGGAAUCAGAUCAUUGAUCUUUCGAAUACAAAAUUUGAAUAAAACACAUUACUAAUGCAAAUAUAAUGUAAAAUAAAAAUUGUAACUUAGGAAAGUGGAAUGUGAUUAUUGUAUAAGAACUAGAUUUUUUAUUUAAUUUAUAUAAAUUUGUAUUCGUUAAUUUAGUGUAAUAAAUACAUUCAAAUAUCUACUUAUUGUUGUUGUUUUUUUUUUUUUAAUAAACUUGUCACUAUAUUACAAUAGCUAUUAAGAAAAGCUAUCAGUAAUGUCUUAACUU